AAAAAAAAUUAUUAAUAAUAACAAUAAAAAAAAAAAUUCCCAGAAAAAUUCAUUUCUUUUUUUUCUACUUAAAACAAGUGCCAGUGUGUUAUGUUUGUACAAGCAACAACAAAAACCAGUUAUUUAAAUUUUAUUUGUUAGAUAGCAAACAAAACAACAUCAGCCAACAACAUCUAUGUGAAUUCGAAACUUUGUAUCCCAGACUUUUUAAGGUGUAUGUGUGGCGGCUGCGUGCAUAUACAAGCGAAUUUACAACUCUUGUGAUAUGCGAAUGUUUAUCCAGUCAAACACGAAAUUGAACUAAAAUUCAUUGAUAAAAUGUACGGGACGCAGCAAUAUCUUUAAGAAAAUUUUGUUAACAAUUUUGCUUAUUUUUUCUCGCUCGGAGGAACUUUUUAACCUACAAACAUUUUCUCUAAUCAAUAUUUAUUAAAAUGGUUUGAUGCAAAAAAAAAAUAAAUAAAUAAAAUCUCUAAAACAUUUAACAACGCAAACGCAAUGCCCGUUUUUAACAUUAUUUGUGCGCCUAUUGUUCACCAACAUCAACGUAAGCGAAUCGAAAUGUUACGCUACAUUGCCUACGGCCUAAGAAGAUACGUAACGCUUCAGUGAUUAUUGUCAAGAAAUCAAAACAAUUGAGAAAAAAAAAAACAAAAAAUAGUUAAACAUCUAAAUAAAAAUAACAUUAAAAUUAUUUUAUAAAAAUAAAUAUAUAUUCUUUAAAAAAUUUUAAUUUUCAAAAACGCAAAGAGAUCUUCAUCAUUAUGUUGAAUCAUUUACAAUUGGGAUUAAUACUAUCGAUCUUGCUCAUAUGCGGAGAUAUAAGUGAAGCAGCAUUGAAUUCGGGGUAUGUGGAUCAUGGCGACACGAAAGUUUGCAUUGGUACCAAAUCUCGAUUAUCAGUGCCCUCGAAUCGUGAGCAUCACUAUCGAAACUUGCGCGAUCGCUAUAAUAACUGUACGUACGUAGACGGUAAUUUGGAAUUGACAUGGCUGCAAGAUCCAAAUUUGGAUUUAAGUUUUUUGGAGAAUAUACGUGAAGUAACGGGCUAUAUACUCAUCAGUCAUGUUGACAUUAAGCAAGUCAUCUUCCCAAGACUUCAAAUCAUACGCGGACGUACAUUGUUUAAUCUUAAUGUCCAGGAAGAGCAGUUCGCUUUGUUUGUGACUUAUUCGAAAAUGUUCACUUUGGAAAUGCCCGCCUUACGUGACAUACUUCAGGGUUCGGUUGGCUUUUUCAAUAAUUUCAAUCUUUGUCAUAUCAAAAGCAUAGACUGGACCGAGAUAAUCUCCGGCUCACCUGAUAAGUACAAAUACAAUUACAUUUACAAUUUCACUUUACCUGAGCGAGAUUGCCCUAAAUGCCAUGAGUCUUGUGAGCGUGGCUGCUGGGGAGAGGGUCCCAAUAAUUGUCAGAAAUUCAGCAAAAUCAAUUGUUCACCUCAGUGCGCUCAAGGCCGUUGCUUUGGACCCCGCCCACGUGAAUGCUGUCAUCUGUUUUGUGCUGGUGGCUGUACGGGACCCACUCAGAAGGAGUGCAUAGCCUGUAAAAACUUUUAUGAUGACGGUGUAUGCAAAGAGGAAUGCCCACCCAUGCAGAAAUACAAUCCAACCAACUAUUUAUGGGAAGCCAAUCCCGAGGGGAAAUAUGCUUACGGGGCCACUUGUGUCAAAGAAUGCCCUGAACAUUUACUUAAAGAUAAUGGAGCAUGCGUACGCAGCUGCCCGGCUGAUAAAAUGGCCAGGGAUGGUGAAUGUGUUCCUUGUAACGGCCCCUGCCCUAAAACUUGUCCUGGACGAGCUGUUCUUCACUCGGGUAACAUUGAUUCUUACCGGGGCUGCACCGUCAUUGAAGGCUCUAUACGUGUUUUGGACCAAACUUUUUCCGGUUAUCAGGAUAUUUAUAAAAAUUACACUUUAGGUCCACGCUAUAUAGCCAUGCAUCCUGAUCGUAUGGAAGUGUUUUCUACCGUGAAAGAAAUCACCGGAUAUUUGGAUAUCGAAGGCGCUCAUCCUGAUUUUAAAAAUCUUUCCUAUUUUCGUAAUCUCGAAGUGAUACAUGGACGCCAACUUAUGGAAAGUUAUUUCGCUUCUUUAUCUAUAGUCAAGUCUUCUCUUGAAAGCUUGGAACUGAAAUCUUUGAAGCGCAUUAACGCCGGCUCGGUUGUUAUACAACACAAUGAUAAGAUCUGUUACGUUAAAGACAUAGAUUGGACCAAAAUACAAAAAUCAACCGAUCAUGGUAUUGUAGUAGAAAUGAAUCGCAAUCAAGAAGAGUGCAAAAAAGACGGGUUGAUUUGCUCAGAUCAAUGUAAUGGGGCUGGAUGUUGGGGUUCGGGAUCAGACCAAUGUUUGGAAUGUAAAAAUUUCGAAUUUAAUGGCACUUGCAUUGCAGACUGCCGUAAUAUCACCAAUGCGUACAAGUUUGAUGCCAAAACGUGUAAACAAUGCCACCCAGAAUGUCUUACUUGCUCCGGACCUGAUGCCGAACAUUGCGAUGAGUGUGUUCAUGUGCGUGACGACAAUCGUUGCGUCACGGUUUGUCCAGAAAGCAAAUAUUCCGAUUAUGGCAUUUGUCGUUCUUGUGACGCCACUUGCGACGGCUGUACAGGACCGAAGAACACUAUAGGACCGGGCGGUUGUAAAACAUGUAAUCUAGCGAUCAUAAGCUCAGAUGGAAGAUCGGUGGAACGUUGUCUUAUGAAAAACGAUAAAUGUCCGGACGGCUACUAUUGGGAAUAUGUGAAUCCCCGUGAACAAGGCAAACUCAAACCUUUAGCAGGUAAAGCCAUUUGCCGGAAAUGCCAUCCUCGCUGUGAAUUAUGCAGUGGCUAUGGUUUCCAUGAGCAAGUUUGUCAAAAAUGUGCAGGUUAUAAACGAGACGAACAGUGCGAGGACGAGUGUCCAGCUGAUCAUUAUGCUGACGAAGUUAUCCGCGAAUGCUUUAUGUGUCACCCCGAGUGCAAAGGUUGCACUGGUCGUGGAUCAGACGACUGCAUUGCUUGCCGUAGCUUUAAAGUGUUCGGAGAUGGUGAUCCUUACGACAAUUCUACCAGUUUCAAUUGUACUUCCAAAUGUCCGCCGGAAUAUUCACACGUCAACUAUCAGUCACCUCACAUUGGCACUUUCUGUUCAGCGGUACCGCCUAAGGGUUCUAAGCUUACCGCCGCUGUCGACAAUUAUUUCUUCCUGAUAAUUGCUUUUGUUACGCUGGUGUUAGUGGUGGGCAUCCUAAGUGUAGUCACGUAUAUCUGUCGACAGAAAACUAAAGCUAAACAAGAAGCUGUAAAAAUGGGCAUGGUCUUGACCGGAUGUGAGGAUUCAGAGCCCUUAAGCCCCUCCAACAGAGGAGCAAACUUAUCAAAGUUACGCAUAGUCAAAGAUGCUGAGCUAAGAAAGGGCGGUCUCUUGGGUAUGGGGGCCUUUGGUCACGUUUACAAAGGCGUAUGGGUGCCAGAGGGUGAAAAUGUUAAAAUUCCCGUAGCCAUUAAAGAGCUAAAAUCCUCGGGAGCUGAAUCCAGUGAGGAAUUUUUGAGGGAGGCCUACAUUAUGGCUUCCGUGGAGCAUCCGAAUUUGCUCAAACUUUUAGCUGUUUGCAUGACUUCCAAAAUGAUGUUGAUCACUCAGUUAAUGCCCUUGGGUUGUUUACUGGACUACGUACGCAAUAAUCGUGAUAAAAUUGGUUCAAAAGCUUUGCUAAAUUGGUCUACGCAAAUAGCUAAAGGCAUGUCUUAUCUGGAAGAGAAGCGUUUAGUGCAUCGAGAUUUGGCAGCGCGUAAUGUUUUAGUGCAGUUGCCGUCAUGUGUAAAAAUAACGGACUUUGGCUUAGCAAAGCUCUUAAAUCAAGACUCAAACGAAUAUAAGGCGGCGGGUGGUAAAAUGCCAAUUAAAUGGUUGGCGUUAGAGUGUAUACGCCAUCGUAUCUUCACGAGUAAGUCAGAUGUUUGGGCUUUUGGUGUUACCAUCUGGGAGUUAUUGACAUUUGGUAAAAGACCUCAUGAGAAUAUACCCGCCAAAGAUAUACCUGAUCUCAUUGAAGUUGGCCUGAAACUCGAUCAACCGGAGAUAUGCUCCUUAGAUAUUUACUGCACUUUGCUAUCUUGUUGGCAUUUAGAUGCUGAAGUGAGGCCUUCUUUUAAGCAAUUAGUAAAUAUAUUCGCUGAAUAUGCUCGUGAUCCGGGUCGCUAUUUGGCUAUACCCGGAGAUAAAUUUACUCGACUACCCGCUUACACCAGUCAAGAUGAAAAAGACUUAAUACGAAAACUAGCGCCGACAUUCGAAGGUCCCGAGACUAUGGUUGAAGCUGAUGAUUACCUGCAACCGAAAACCAAUGUCGGAGGUACCCACAAUCAUGAAUGCUCUGAAGAAGUACCCAAAUUAAAUCGUUAUUGUAAAGAUCCUAUGAAUAAAAACUCAUCUAACGAAAGUGAUGAAACAGAUUCUAAUGCACGAGAAGUUGGUGUGGGUAAUUUACGAUUAGAUUUACCAGUAGAUGAAGAUGAUUAUUUAAUGCCUACUUGCCAAGUUUCGGCUACGGGCGGAUUAAAUCAUAAUAAUAUCAAUAACAAUAAUAAUAACCCUAGCGUUAACAAUGCCAUGUGCGCGACGCCAGGGGGCUAUAUGGACUUGAUUGGAGUGCCUGCCAGUGUAGAUAAUCCCGAAUAUCUGUUAAAUACAACCACCAAUUUAGUACAUGAUCAAGAGGCACCAAUACCCACCCAAACACUGGGCAUACCAGUUAUGGUACCCAGAACGGGGCUGAUGGUGAACAAUAAUGCACACGAUAGUCAGGGUACUAUCUUGGAAAUUACAAUAGCUCCCUCGGAGCCUACAAGUUCAGAUCAUGAAUAUUAUAAUGAUACCCAACGAGAAUUGCAACCCUUGCACCGCAACGAGACGAGAGUUUGAGAAUAAAGAAGGCAAGAGAGAGAUUUCAAACAAAAAAAGGAAAAAGACUAGAGAGGGAGAAGGAGAGAGAGAGAGAGAGAGAGAGAAGAAAUCACUGCCAGAAGCAGCAUAUUAAGUAAUCUUGCCCAUUAAAGUUUAAUCUCCCUCUGUCUCACGCUCCCGCUCCCGUUCUCACUCUCUCUUGCACACUCUAUCUCUCUUUCUUUGUUAGCUUUUUCGCUCUUUGCACUCCCCAUACAUGACUUUGCUCUCUUCGCCACUGUAUAUAAUAUUGAGAAUGUUUUAGUUUAGCAUAAGAACCUCGAAGUGCCUGCAUUAUUAUGAGUAACAAAGAAAAAUUAAUUUAUUUAAGAAAAUUUUAAAUUGUUUGUACGCAUAUGUAGUUAAGUACUUAUAAUUAAUUGUCUGAUAGCUACUAAGUGAUGUUCAGUGAAGCGUGAAGCGUGAAGAGUUUUGUACAUUUUCGUUUUUUUCUAAAACCAAACACCGUUAGUGCAUUUGUUUAGUUGCCACGUCUUUUCCUCUUUACAGAGCUAUUCCAGUUUCAUAAAUAUCUUUACAAAUCCCAACAAAAACAAUUAAAGACUGUGGUAACUUAUUUAAAAAUUAAAAAUCAGCUUAUG